CUUCCGUUUUCCCGCGGGUGACGUCAGCGCGCCUGCCGGCCUGCGCGUGACGUCAGAUCCCGGGCGAGGCGGGCGGGGCCGGGCGGAACGGCUGAACCGCUGAGAAAAUGGCCGUGAACGUGUAUUCCACCUCUGUGACGAGUGAUAACUUAAGCCGACAUGACAUGCUCGCCUGGAUCAACGAGUCGUUACAACUAACUUUAACCAAGAUAGAGCAACUUUGUUCAGGUGCUGCUUAUUGUCAGUUUAUGGACAUGCUCUUCCCAGGUUCGGUCACGCUCAAGAAAGUGAAAUUCCAAGCAAAGCUGGAACACGAAUACAUUCAGAAUUUCAAGGUCCUACAAGCAGGUUUUAAGCGAAUGGGUGUUGACAAAAUAAUACCUGUGGACAAAUUAGUGAAAGGGAAAUUCCAAGACAAUUUCGAAUUCGUUCAGUGGUUCAAGAAAUUCUUUGAUGCCAAUUACGACGGAAAGGACUACGACCCCGUGGCAGCUCGGCAAGGCCAGGAGUCGUGCCCCGCCCCCGCUCUGGUGGUCCCGCUGCUGAACAAACCUAAGAAGAACCUUGGUUCUGGUGGCACAGCCCCAACGAGGCCCCUGGUUGCACAGCGAACAACGGUGGCGAAUAAAUCCGGGCCUCCAAUGAUCAAAAAGGCUCCUGGGGGAAUCGGAGAGGAUGAAUCAGCCGAAUUGAUACAGCAGAUCAAUGCAUUAAAGAUGACUGUGGAAGAUUUAGAAAAGGAACGAGAUUUCUACUUCGGGAAGCUGAGGAACAUCGAGCUGAUCUGCCAGGAGAACGAAGGCGAAAGUGAUCCGGUCCUCCAGAGAAUCGUGGAAAUACUUUAUGCUACAGAUGAAGGCUUCGUGAUACCCGACGAAGGAGCCCCUCCGGAGGAGCAAGAGGAGUAUUAACGGCCCCACCGACAUUUACCAGCCGAGCAGCAGAGUCAGAAGUCCGAAAAAUCUUUUGCCCCAAUCAUGUGCUUAUCUGUAAAAUACUCUUCGUUUUAUUCUUAGAGGACUUUAACUGGUUUCUUUUCGAAAGUAAAACAAAACAGAAAAAACAAAAACAAAAAGAGUACCUCUUCAAGUGCACUUUGCGUAAGUUUUACUACUACUUUCCCCACCCCCCCCCCCCUCCGCUUCCGCUGGGUGUGUGUUUUUUUUUUUGUUUUUUUUUUUUGGUUUCUUUCUCUCUUUUUUUUUUUGGAGAGCUCUUUUGUCACUUUUUAUAGCGGAACGAUAUUAUCAACAUCCGUUUGGUGUCGUUUGGAAGCAGGAGGUCGCCGACUCGGGGUACGCGGGGCCCCUUCAUUGAUGGAGGAUUGGCAGUGCGGCGUGUUUGGGGAGAGGGUGGGGUGGGGUAAGCAGGAGAGGCUGCCUACGGAGCGGAAAGGUGGUCUUUCCACCAGGUGCCAUGUAGGGAGAGAGGGAAGGGGGAUGAAUUGGGGCGUCGAGAGAACCGGAAAGCGACGGAGGAUUUGAGACGCUCAGGGUGGGGGGGUGGGGGGGAAAGAGGGAUAUUAGAAUUUUCCUCGCUUAGAUUGUUCGGGGGUGCGGCUCUGGGGGGGGGGGGUGGGGGUCAGGGGCCGUGUGGAAUUGGGCCCAGCGUGGCUGAGGAUGUGGCAGGAGAAUGGAGUUUGUAGUAGGCUCAGUUGCAAGGAAGGUGUGAAGCAGGUGCCCGAAAUUGGCUUCUAUGGUUCGGUGUAACCUCCAAUAAAAGGGUUGUCCAUUCUUGGCGACUUUUCCACCCUUGUGGGACUUCAACUCCCAGAAUUCCCCAGCCAGCGCUUCAUGCGCUGGCUGGGGAAUUCUGGGAGUUGAAGUCCCACAAGUCUUAAAAGUUGCAAAAGUUCCGAAUAAGAUCCUGACUUCUCACCUCAAUCUCCUCCUCCCUACUAGCCCCCGCUGCUCCACCUCUGCUCCCCUCAAUAGAAGGCCCUUCUCUUCCUCUCCGCCCCCCCCUCCCUCUGCUUCCAAACUAACCCUGUUAUCUUCAACAAACCAACAAACUCUGUUUUGGAUGGCAGCCGCCUUCCUUUCCCACCAAGCUAGGAUAGGGUUGCUGAAAGGAUCGGAGAGGGCACCUGGUUGUAAACACUCCACUCUUGCUCGAACUGGACUUGCUAGUUGGGUUUUUUUAAGAGACGCCUGGGUGGGCGCCACGCCUCCGUUGCAGGGCCUCCCCUCACCCCGCCUCUUGAGUUACCUGCGCAGGUGCUGCAGAGGACUGGUGGGGGGGAAAAAAAAAGAAGAAGAGAAAAAUUGCGUAUUAAAUAGGCGAGCCGAGGUUGCCGGAGAUAAUAAAGAGCGUUCCGGUGAAUUUUGAUUAUUGCAGUAUUCUGUGUUUGACCUUCUCCCUCCUCCCUUCCCUCCCCUCCCCUCCCCAAUGGCUGCUCCUUGGGGAGGGGGCUUUCAGAGAUUUGGGACUCUCUCCCCCCCCCACCUUCCCCUCCUCAGCCCCCCUGGCCACAGCAAAGACUAAGCUUCCGGCUUGGUGUGUUCCUUUUGUCCGUUUGCUUCCGGUGGUUGUGUGUCUCGAUGUGUGUAGAAAGCAGAGUUAUGGUAACUUGUUGUGUAGUGCAUGAUUUCCUUAUGACAAUUCGGCGGGAAGACCCACGUUUUGGACGAAUGCCAAAAAAAAAAAAAAAAACGAAAGAAGGGAAGGAAAGAAAGAAAAAAGAAAGCCAUUAUUUAAACCAUCAGAGGUGCUGUUUCUCUUGUGGCCUUCUAAAAUACCUGUUUGCCCUAGAACGAUAUUCAAAACCAGACUCCUUUUGACAGGGUUUUUUUCUACUUUUAAACAGUUUCUAAAUAAAGUUCUGUUAUUUCAAGAA